CUUGAAUUUCGAGAAGCUGUGGUGGAGAAGUGUCGUUGAUUGAUACCGUGCAAGAUGACGAAUGACGAACCACAAGUGAAGAAGAGAAACAUCAGUCGUGGAAUCUCUAGAAAUACAACGACAAACAGACACCCUCUGAAUGUCAAACCGAGUGGAAAUUCUCUGAUCUUUUCAGAUAAGGCUUUGAAGGAGGAGCGUGAGUGCCAGCUCGGUGAUUUCAAGAGCUUUGACGAUGAGCUCAUCAUGGAGCUCCUGGGAUAUAUCAGGAAUCCAAGAGAUUUGAAGAAUUUGAGUCUCACAUCUAGAGUCUGGUACGCUUACAUAUAUGACGAAGAACUCUGGCGAAAACUGUACAUUAGCAGGGCGUUGAAAGAGGAGAAAGAGAUGGGCGACGACGCCCCUGUUCCACCUCUGGGGAUUAAGUACUGGAAUGGAUCCUGGAGACGUACUAUGCUUCACUUACCAGAAGCGAAAGAGGCAAAGAUUCAGCUUCCUGACAACCUCUUAUGUUCAGAUGUUCUGUUCAGGCCGUAUCAAUGUUCUCAGAUCGAUUAUGAUGACUUAUUCAAAGACAUCAUAGAGGAAGAGCAUGAAUCUUACCUCUUGAAGCGCACACUUAAUGAGAAAUUUGGAAUUCCAAGAUAUAGCGAGCAAUGGAUGACUCAGGAGAGGUUUAACGAGGAUUUCACAAAUAAGCCAUUCAUCUUAACCAAGGAGUCAGAGACUCGUUGGCCAAGCUGGUCUCUACCAGAGCUGAAAUCUCGUUUCCCAACUGUUAAAUUUCGCCAGGAGUCUGUUCAGUGGCCAUUGGAGUUCUACUCACAGUACUUUGUAUCAAAUUCAGAUGAAUCUCCUCUAUACUUAUUUGAUUGUCAAUCAUCUGCUAUGAAACAGCUUGUGACAGAGUACAAGGUUCCCGAUAUCUUUAAAGAUGAUAUAUUCACUGUUUUUAAUGAACAGAACUGUCGUCCAGAUUACAGAUGGAUUAUUGUCGGACCAACCCGUUCUGGAUCAACUUUUCACAAGGAUCCCAAUGCCACGUCUGCUUGGAAUGCUAAUCUAACCGGUAAGAAGUUGUGGGUGAUGCUCCCUCCAGGUGUCAAGCCACCAGGUGUUGGCACAGACGAUGAGGAGUCAGAAGUCACAUCCCCUGUUGGUGUUGCAGAGUGGGUUCUAUCUGGCUUCUACAACGAUAGUGUCAAGCUUGCUCUCGAUGGUAAAUGCCAAAUAGGAAUCACUUUCCCUGGUGAGUGUAUGUACGUUCCAAGUGGAUGGUGGCAUACUGUGAUCAACUUGGAAGAUUCAGUAGCCUUGACACAGAAUUUUGUACCAAGUGGUGCUCUAGGUGAAGCUCUGUGGUUCUUGAAGCGAAAGGAAGACCAGGUUAGUGGGUUCCAUGUGAAAGAUCUCAAGAAAUCCAUCGAGAAGUUUGUCGCAAAUAAUAAUGUUAAGGGUGAAAACAUGGAUGUUCUAAAGGAUUGGCUGAAAGAUGUUUCCAACAAGACACUUGACAACGAAGAUGUUGGCGAAUGCUCACACUUUGCUAAGUUGCCAAUAUACGAAUAUUUUGUUGAGUUGAUCAAGGCCAAAGCUGAGUACGCCAACCUAUUGGAGGAUGGCAUGAAGACCAUGGAAAAGUUAGAAAAGGAAGAGCGUGAAAGAUCUGAACCUAGAGUUGUUCCUUCAAAGAAGUGGGACCAACUCGUGGAGCAAGAACAUCAGAGUACAAGUGCGUUCUCCUUCAACUUUGAUGAAAGUGAGAACGACGAAUAAAAAACAUUGCUUUUAUAUAAAUGAGAUAAGGAGUGUAAUUAAGAGUUCUAACAUCAACAAGCAUAGUGUUUAUGGGCUUGAAUGACCGUUUACUGUGACCUUUUCGUUUUCCUCAAUCAAUUCAACGUCGUUGCUUUCUGGCACAUUUAGGAAUCUUAGGAUAUGAGGGAACACCAACUCUUCAAUGUGAUCACCCCAGAUGAGGUCCAAAUGUUCAUGAUUUGGUACAGCGACACACUCGGUUAACCCCUCUGGAAGAAGAUCAGUCAUCUUGUUGAUAUCCACUAAUGAAUCAAUCGUACCAUAAAUCAACUUGAUGGGCACUUUAAUAUUUGUUCUUGU